CCCACCCAUCAACUGACGUACAGAACAUGACAAGAAAAUCUUGGUCGCGUGGUGGAACAAACGUUGAAAAGACUUGAAUCUCGUGUGACGAAAAUUACGUAUAUCUUUUGAUGCUCCAACCGAAGCACACAGACGGGCCUGAGUUUUCAAAAAUGAAGAUCAGCUCAUUGAAGUCAAAAGCACUGAAAAAUGUAAGAGCCAGAUCCCAACUCCGCUGGUGGUAUCUUCACAACGCACUGGCGCAUCCCUCUCAGUUAACUCAACAGUUUUUUGAAAAAAUCCAAGUGUUAGAUCAUUCACUUUGCAGCCCUGACCUGGUGCCAUGCGAUUUUAGAUUUUUUCCGGUUGGCAAGUCACAGCGGAGGAGCAAUGUGAUUCCUGAUUUGAUGAUUGAUCCUUCAUAAUAUCGUGAAGUAUGCCUCAAUAAACAAUAAAUAGCUUUUUCAUAUGCCGCCGUCUAUGUACCGUAAGAGCUGAAGGAACUUAACUCUCGUGGUCUUUUUUAUGGACAAAAUUAUGAUGGUAGAUAACCCAUACGGUGCA